GAGUCUCUCUCGAGUCUCGCGUGUAUUUACGCCGGUCGGGCGCACGCUUCAGUCGGUGGUCGUCCGUCGGCGCGGCGCGGCCACUCGUUUUCUCGCGCCUCGUCUGCACCGUUUGUUGACACACUGCAGAUCACGCAACCGACGAGCUUUGACAUUCGGAGUGUUUACUUGUAUACGAGUACACGACAGAGUGCGGUGCGCUUCCGGGAAAAACUGCUCAAGCAUGUCCAGUGAAAAGUGACCCGUGCGUGAGAAGGGAAAAAAGCGGGAAAUCAGUAUAUUUAUCUAUAGGUAUAUAUCCGCGGGUAAACUGAGCAACAGGUGUGCGUAGUGCAGGGUAUAUGCAGCAGCAGCGAGCGGCGGCGUCGUCGCCAGCAGCUCCUCCCCAUGAUCCUCCUCGCGGACUGGCGGCGCGCGCUCUGUCCCGGCCGCCGCGGCGCGGACGACAAUAACAAGCUCGUGGACGAGCUCGAGCGCGAGGACGACGAGGAGCUGGUGGUCGUCGAGGCUGACAAGGAGGAAGCCCCAGCCGCGGGGACGAUGCCGCGAGGCCUGCCCGGCAGACGGGGACUACAGGCCCUCGUGCUCGUGCUCGCCACCGCUUACGCCACGGUGCUCCUCUACCAGGCCGUUGCGCCGCGACAGUGGGUCGACGAUCAGGCCGUGGAUGAGACGAGCGGCGACGCGUCUCUGGACCUGCCGAUACCGCCGCGCUUCGAGAGAGUCCUCGUCUCCGCCUCGGCUCCGGGAAUCAUCGCCGAGGAUGUCGCAGCGGUCACGCCGUCGGUGGCCACCGCGACGAUGGCGCCCUUCUCCACGGAUCUCGAGGACGUCUUCAUCAGCGUCAAGACCACGCGGCACUACCAUCACUCCAGACUGCCGGCCAUCAUCGGCACGUGGUUCCAGUUCGCCAAGGAGCAGACCUGGUUCUUCACCGACAGGGACGACCCCUACUUCCAGAACCAAACGAACGGCCACAUGAUCAACACCAAGUGCUCCUCGUCUCACAACCGGCGGGCGCUCUGCUGCAAGAUGUCCGUGGAGUUCGACAAGUUCCUGGAGAGCGGCAGAAAGUGGUUUUGUCACUUCGACGACGACAAUUACGUGAAUGUGCCGCGACUGCUCAAGCUCCUCGACAAUUACAAUCCCCGCGAGGAUUGGUAUCUCGGCAGGCCGUCAAUACCGACCCCUCUCGAGAUCGUCCGGCAGGGUGCCGAUUCAUCAAAGAGAUCGCAAAAGGUCCGAUUCUGGUUCGCCACGGGUGGCGCCGGGUUCUGCAUCAGCAGGGCGCUCGCGCUCAAAAUGAUACCAGUGGCCGGAGGCGGCAAGUUCAUCACGGUGGGGGAUAGAAUAAGGCUACCCGACGACGUGACGAUGGGCUACAUAAUCGAGCACUUGCUGAAGAAACAGCUCACCGUAGUCGAGCAGUUUCAUUCGCAUCUCGAGAUUCUCAAGUUCCUCAACAAGGACACCUUUCACGACCAGGUCUCGUUCAGCUAUUCCAAGGGCUCGAGGGAUGACUGGAACGUCGUCAAGAUCGACGGCUUCAGCGUCAGGGACGACCCGAAGAGGUUCAGAUCGUUGCACUGCCAUCUGUUUCCCCAGGCCUCGAGCUGUCCGCACAGAUGAUGACCGUCCUGACGAGGCGACGAUUUCAUCGGACGACGACAUCGAGGGCAACAACAGUCGACAACAGUCCUCCUUCGCGAGAGCUUUCGAGCCCGAAGGAAGCGUCGACUUUCGAAGAUCCUCGAUAGCGAUUCGCUGGCGAAUUCAAUCGCACUCAUGAAUAAUGUACAUACGCGGAAAGCGCUUUAAUUUUUCGAUGCCCCGGCCACGAUCCGUCUUCUCGAGCUUGUGUACCACUGCAGCCAGGGUGUAUGGGAAUGGACGUGGUGCGAAAGGUUUCGAGGCACGAACAUUCAAAUGGGGAUGUAAAAUGCUUGCUUCUUCGUCUGAGAGGGAAGUCGGAGCUAUCACUGCCCGAACGAGCGAGAUACGAGCUUUCUUGAUUUUAUUAUACGGCCUUUUACACUGAUAACCGAUAAACUGCCCCCUCUUUAGCCGACGACGUAGAAUUAUACGAUUCUAUUCCUCUGUAGUGAUUGAUUUUAUAAAGAUAUAGUUGGAAAUUUCGAAUUUCCCCGCGCUUCGUAAAAUCAAUACUAGGUAUACGCGUCAUUUGCAUUAAAUGUAAAUAGAGUAGUAGUGCUGUAUAACUAGUAUGGAAACUAACAUUUGACAAAGUAUUCGAAUUGUCAAAGACUUUAUUCAUAAAAAUAUUGGACUUUUUGUUUGCACUGAAUUGAGAAAGAAAUAUCACAAUGACUGCACGAUGCAUUUAUAAGAUUAUUUUGACAAUGUUAUAUACAUAUAGGAUAUACACAAAAAAGACGGCUUAAAGUUAUUCGCAACAAUCGUACUGUAAUCUUGCGAUAACUUCAAGACUGUCUUUGCUGAUCAAUUGUGUAAAUACGAAAAUAUGUACAUACCUACACAUACAGUGACCGAUGGAUGUGUAUAAUUUGCGGUGAAACAAUUUAAUUGUAUCAAAAUUAGACUUUCGGUUCAAAGCCAGAGUGUGAUACAUAUCAUAUUUACAUACAUUAUCUUGCUCAUACCUUUGUAAAAGGCAUGGCAUUAACCUAUCUUAUACUUUUAAGUAAGAAACACUUGGAAAUUUGUUUUAUUUUUCGACAGUCGAUAUUAUUAUCAUUUAUUUACAGAAUGUCAAAGAUAUGCUCACCCAAACAAUUUUACUUUCGAUAAUCGAUUAGAUUCGUUUAAGGAUAUUUUCGCAUUGAAUGUAUAGGAGCGUAAGUCUAAGCUAGUCCUUUCCGUAGUAAAGCAGACAGCUGUACACAAAAUGUGAUACAUAAAUUUUGCGUGCGCGUGAGCCCGACGAUUAUUUUAUAUUAUUAUAUUAUUGUACAUUGUAUGAUUAUUAUUAAUUUUAUUACUAUUAAUAAUAUUAUUUUUUGUUACCUCUUUUUAUGUUUAUUUUUUGGGGAGCAUGAUUUUGUGCAAACGCAAGCGAUUCUCUGAGUGGGUUAUUCUGUUCUGUACGUAGAAGCGAAAAGGGAAAUCGUUGGACGGCGGUGCAGCGUGAGAGAGAGAGAGAGAGAGAGAGAGAGAGAGAGAGAGAGAGAGAGAGAGAUGGAAAAUUUGUAUUCGAGUGCAAUAGUUUGGCGAAUUCGCUUCCAUCGAUUUCCGAUUUCGCGAACACACUUUUCGUUUUAAGAAAAAUAACAAGGACGAGAAAGUAGCUUCUCGAUCGUGUCGUUUCGAUGCACGCGUCGACCGAGCUACCUUGCUCUCUUUGAAAGUUGUAUUUAAUGUUAUUUUUCAUUUUAUAUAUGAAAUACAAAGUAAUGCACAUUAUACAAAA